UAUUUAAUUACCCUUUAAUUAGCAGGGACACACCCUUGCUGCCUGUCUAACACCCAAAAAAUAUGUCUACUGCUGCCUCCAGCUCUCUCUCCUCCUCUUCCCUCCCUCUGAUUCCCCUCCUUUAUUUAGGACCAGCUCUGGUAGCUAUAAUACCGUGGGUACAUCCCCAGGGCGUGGCUGGGAGCAAUACAACAGAUAGACAAAUUGGGGGAGGUGUCCUAAACUCUCCUCACACACUAGACCGAAUGUUAGAGGAGGCGUGUCUCAAUCCGGAAACAUGCAAAGAGGUGGGUGGGGCUCCUUGCUGGGGGUAUGAGGAUUGGUGCAGCGAGGGAAAAAGGUUGUUCCUCCCGUACUGUGACGAACCAGCUAAACCAUGGGCUAACAGCAUGAAGGAUAAAGAGGAAUUGUUCUGGAGACAAGGGGACUUUGGUUAUGUUAAUGAUGUAGCAAAGUCAUUGAUGACAUUGUGUGAAAUGAAAGAACAAGUAAUUCAUUAUUAA